AUGACAGCUAACAAACAACCGUUAAGUGCCGCAACAAAUCGCCAAAAAUUGAAAACUGUGGGAAUACCGCUCCGCGUCAGGGACGCCGCAAAAGCCACGCCAAGCCCACACAUAGCUACAAAUCUCGUUUGCCCGUGGUGGGUUGCGUACACGGCGAGAAAAUGUGGGGCAGCCCGAGAAUGCGGGUGUUAG